AUGUCUCAGUAUACCGAUGCAUCCAGUAUUCUUUUACGCCUAGGAGUCUUUCUCCUCGCCACGAUUUGGCUACUCGUCGCUGCAUUCAAUUCCGCCACUGCUCGCUUUGCAGAUGUUUUACGAGACCAAGCAACAGCUGGCCUCAUUGAAUCCAGCAACCCAAUCCUGUACGACACAUUCAAAAAGCUCAUGAGUGAAUUUCGCAGCGCAAUGAUCAUUGUCGCAAUUUCCUCGGCUCUGUUUUCCGUGUUUGGCGCUACACUUUUCGCCCACCCAAGGUGGAUACGAGAAUGGAGAAGCUCUGUUGAUAACUUCUUUUUCAUCCAGUUCUUCUUCGGAGUAGCUGUGUUGUCUUUGGGUGGAUAUAUUAUGGACCAGAUGCAUGGGUUUCUUGACGUCUUUGCAGCAUUGGACGACCGAAGCGUCGUUCCUCGUUGCAGCAUUAUAUACCAUGGAGCUAUUGGACAGAUUGUGUUUGGUGGCCUUGUGAUUUUGACCAGCCUCAUGAGCUUCGGGUUUCUUUUCUGUAUUCGUUAG